AGUCACCAAGUUCAGCAGCUCAGCGGUUAACCCGCUGCACCAUUGUAUACUUGUCUUUUGUCUUUUACCAUUGGUAUGAUUGAGGACUAAUCAAUAAACAAAUCUAGCUAUCAAUUCAUUUAUAGACACAACUCUGAUAGGGGAUUCCACUCAUAGCUUCUUAAUAGUAUUGAUUAUUAUGCUUGAUAACAAUGUUCUCUGAGUUGUUAAUUAGAAAUGGAACAUUAAAAUAUAAUUUUUAUUAUGUCAAAAGUGACAUGAGAACAUAAUGCAAGUCACUUCUGAUGUAAGAGAAUUGGCCGUGUACAGAGACAUUGCCCAGGGGAUGCUGGGAGGCUUCUCUCAUGUUCCUGCAAGCUAGAGCUGACAGACAGGAGCUCACCCCGUCUCACAGAUUUGAACUAGCAACCUUUCAGGUCAGCAACCCAACCUUCAGGUCAGCAUUUCAGCCGGCACAACCCAUUGCACCACCGUGAACAUAAUCCCAGUAUAUAAACUUCAGCCAAAAACAACGGCAAUCUAAUGGCAGAGAAUAGAGAAGAAAAAAAUGAGGAAAAACAUGGAGGGAAAGAAGGCAAAAUUGGUAGAUUUUUCAACUGUGACAGUUUGAAGCCACUGAUUUUUUAAUUUGCUACAUAUCUUAGUAACAGUGUUCACCUAUAAAAAAUAAGGAAUGACCUUCAUCAGAAUACUGCAACUGUGCUCUCUAACACUUAUGAAAUAGCUGAUUUGUUAUAUUUUAAAGUACCAGAGUGGAAGCAGCAGUUUGCAAAGCAAGAGGGUAUAGAGUCGUUGACUAUAUUCCAUAGAAUAUGAACUUUAGAGACUUUAAAGUCUAUUAUAUGGGCCAUUGUUUUAGUCAGAUACAAUGCUUAAGGUCUGUCCCCUAGAUCCAUGGUCAAGCAUAAGAACAUUUGUUAUUGCUCAAAUUGUUAAGUCAUUCCCUUGUGGUUCAAGUUCUAGAAUUCUUCGUAUCCACAAACACUCUUGUUUCCUAGCAGUGUCAUAAUAAAUCCAAGUGCCUAUUCCACUUCUUAGAAUUCUACCUUGACAUCUUCUUCUACAGCUUCAGCAACCUUCACUUUCACCGCAGCCCUCUUCACAAGGACCGGCUUGAUGUGUCUGAUGUGCUUGACAAGAUUCUUCUUUGAUGCCAUCUUACUCUAGACUUAAAGGGGCUGAGCUCAGAAGGGGAGUUUAGAAAGCAAGAAAAAAAGUCCGGCUCGGAGACAAACGAUGCUUCAGAGACCAGAAGAGGAGGAGAGGGGAAGGGCUGAGUGUCCCCUCCAAGAAGGACAGGAAAGGGAGAGGGACAGAGACCGGAUCCUGCCUUCCCUAUGCUGCCUUCCAGCCGGAGGAGGGGUUUAAAGGGAGUCGCUGUCCGGGAGGCCGCUCCGCGUCGCCCAGGAGCCUGAAGGGAGAAGCCUGAGACACCUCCGCCUCCUUGGCUUGCUUCUGCUUCCCCCGUCGGCAGGCACCAUGCCCCGCUCCUUCCUGGUCAAGAGCAAGAAGGCGCACAGCUACCACCAGCCCCGGGGGCCCGACCACGACAGCCUCAGCCUCGAGAGCGUCUUGGCCCAGAUCUGCGCAGAGGCGAAGGCUCCCGUGGAGAUGCCGGAGGGUGAGCCCCCCGUGGGCCGCUUCUCGCCGGACUCGCAGGCCCCCGACGGGACUGACUCCGCUUCCUCCUCCUCCUCCUCCUCUUCCUCCUCCUCCUCGGCGCCCCCCAGCUGCGAGGGCAGCCUCUGCGACAGAGCCGCCGAGAUGGAGGACUUCUGGAGGCCGCCCUCGCCCUCCGCCUCGCCAGCUUCUGAGCGCUCCAUCUGCCCAUCCUUAGAUGAAGCAUCCCCCUUCUCGGUGUCCUUGAAACCCUACGCAUGGAGUAGCCUGGGAAGCUCUGAGCUGAGGCAUUUAGUACAAAACUACAGGCCUUGCCCAGCUCUGGAAAGGAGCACAUCCCUCGGUCUCUUCUGUGAGCGGAGAUCUGAGCCCAGUCUCUUUGGAUCUGAACGAAGCUCAGCACUGGGACUCUAUGGGGACUUUGGUUCCUCUGGACUCUUUGAGCGCCCAGCUGCAGCCCCUGGCAUCUAUGUAGAGGCCUCCUCUGGACUCCACCAGGAGAAGAAUGGAAGUGGCAUCAAACUGGAAUCGGAGCUCCUUUGUCGUCCUCUAUUGCUCGGUGGUUCCUACAAGUGUGUCAAGUGCAGCAAGGUCUUCUCCACCCCACAUGGCCUGGAGGUGCACGUUCGCCGUUCACACAGUGGCACCAGGCCCUUCGCCUGUGAAAUGUGUGGCAAGACCUUUGGCCAUGCUGUUAGCUUGGAGCAGCAUAAAGCAGUGCACUCACAGGAGCGUAGCUUUGACUGCAAGAUCUGUGGCAAAAGCUUCAAGAGAUCCUCUACCUUAUCUACACACCUUCUCAUCCACUCAGAUACCCGGCCUUAUCCAUGUCAGUACUGUGGGAAGAGAUUCCACCAAAAAUCUGACAUGAAGAAGCACACAUUUAUCCAUACAGGUGAGAAGCCUCACAAGUGUCAGGUGUGUGGCAAAGCUUUCAGUCAGAGCUCCAACCUCAUCACUCACAGUCGGAAACACACUGGAUUUAAGCCCUUUGGCUGUGAUCUCUGUGGUAAAGGCUUCCAGAGAAAGGUGGAUUUGCGGAGACAUCGGGAGACACAACAUGGCUUGAAGUGAGAGCUACAUGGAAUCGGGAAAUCAACAGAAACACUAUGUCAAUACAUUUUCCCUUUUUCCUGGUUGGUUGCCCUUUCCUUUCAUCAACUCUCUGGAUGUUUGACACACUUCCGGCCAUACUUUCACUAAAUGGGACAUCACAGCAUGUUGGCCAGGUUUUGAUAGAACUUAACCCAAUAAGUCUUGGGAUGAAAGGAGAACGUCAUGGUUGAUGAAAGGCAGGAUGAACCCUCUUCUCUUUUUCCCUCCCUUUAAAACAUUGAGGGAAAAUAAUAUACUCCCCACCAGCUUGAAAUCCCAAAGACACUGUAUGGAUAAGGCUACCUGGUGCCUGCAAACCAGAAAGUCCUCUCUCCCUGUGGAUUUGCCUUAACUAAUUCCUUGCAUACCUCAUGGGGAGGGAGGAACAACAAAGACUGUACAUUCUUUUAUUUAGUUUUUCUGUGUGUUCUUAUGUUCACUGAUGAAUAUUUAUUGGAAAUAUGUUUUAAAUUAAUAAAGUAUAGAACAUGUU